UGACGUUCAGCUGCAGCUCAUGCAUAUAGUCUCUAUCUACCUCAACCCUACCACGCUCCCAAUUGUUCACCAUGCGAUCAGAGCUUCCAGUUGAACUGUGGCUGGCCAUUUUUCAGCUUGCGGCUGAGGACGACACCAUUUUCGAACACACAACGCACACUCAGCCGUGGAAACCGUCCUCCUGGUAUAAGCUGACAACGAGUGGUGUCUCGAAAUGGACCCUUCGUACGCCCAUAGAAGAGCUCAUAGCAAUGCAGCAUCGGCGUGCUAGGCUCAUGAAGGCAUUCUCCACAUGCAGAUAUUGGAGGAAAAUCGGUAGCGAAUUCCUCUACAGCUGCUUGUACUUCGAGAUACCAUCAAACAUUAUCCGUGUAUGCGGCAUUCUCGAUACGGACAGACACCUUGGCCGCUUUGUCCGGCGGUUGCAUAUCACUCGCUACUUUACGCGUUCAGGUCUUUCCACCGAAGACCUCGAACUCGGGCUCAUAUCCGUCAUCCAACACUGCCGCAAGCUUGAGACAUUCGUCCUCGACUGGCCUGUCAACGACACUUUCGCUGCUAUAGCUGACGCUCUGUCUACCUACUGUCGUCGGACCUUGCGGACCCUUCAUACGCAUGUUCCGCCCAAUGGACUUGCCAAGCUUAUUUGGACCUUAGAUUCUCUGCCGCAUCUCGAGGCCCUACAUCUGGAGAUGAGCGAGAGAAUUUCAGAAGACACGCGACUGGGUUCCGCUGGAAACGUCAGCAUCACCUUUCCCGAGCUCAGAGAGCUUUCCCUCGCCGGAGACUCGUGUGACUUCAUCGAACAAGCUACCGAAUGGGAGUUUCCCGGACUCAUUUCGUUCACUUUCGACUUUGGUGCCUACCGCAAUGAUCUGCCCGAUCUGCUCGAGUUCCUCCGGAUUCACGGCUCCAACCUGACAUUUCUCGACAUCAACAGCAUGUUGCAGCUCGACGUCGCCACCAUGCUCGAUAGUUGCCCAUCACUCACGACCUUCUCAUUCAACGGCGACUGGCGCCUCCCGCUCGACGAAGACAUGCCAUACGAAGUGAGCAAACUCGUCAACAAGCCACACCCGAACCUCACGCACAUCGGGCUGCACCAACUGCUCCAUGCGUUCGGCGUCGGCUACGCGGGUACCUACGCGCGGGCCGACCCCAUGGUCGUCCGCUACAUCCGCCGGUCCAACGACCUGAACUUUGCCGCGCUGACGAAGCGCUGCUUCCCUAAGCUCACACACGUCCGCCUGCUCAACCGCACGCUCCUCCGCGACCUUGAAGAAGCAGACGGCCCCGCGGAUAGCUGCUACGAGCGGUGGGAGCGAUGGGCGGCGCAGUGCGCGGCCGAGCGCGUGCGCCUCGAGGAUUGCACGGGGAACGAGCUUGGGCAGCUCCCGGCGUUGGACGACGUCGACAUCGGACGUCCUGCAGAGCAUCCUUUGUAUCCAACGCACGACCUGAACGACCCCAUCGCGCAUGUACAGGCACUCACGCAGCAGAUCCGGCAUCUGUCCAUGGCGCUCCAGGGGGCAUUGCGGGCGGCGAAUCCAGCUCUAACUCUCUGAAAGCAUGCCUCGCAUUUAGGACUAGGUAUGCAGCAAACGGCCGUAUGCCUACACCUGCUAACAGAUGGAAUCCAUAGCAUGGAACUCUGUAUAUUUUCCUAGAAGUCAUACAAGUCGGGUCUGUCAGAUUGAAACGCCACUCUCUUUUUCGGCUUUGCCUUCUUCACUGUUGUUGUGGUAGUUGUUGUGCUCUCCGCUGUGAUUUCUACUGGACGCUCCUGGACAGUUUCCUGCUCUGGUUUCUCCAACUGUACUUGUACCGUCGCCAUGUCCCCAGCUGUCGGCAUGGCGUGCGGAUGCGCAUGUCCAUGGUCAUGUUUAGGCGGAAUAAUCAUCUCGAUGGAGUUUGUCGCCGGAGUCGUCCGACGCUCGCUGACGCCGCCUUCGAGGUCAAGGUGUAGGGUCUCGAAGACAAGCCGCUUCCGCAUGUUCUUGAAGGCGAGAUUGUUUUCUCCUGAAGAGCUGACGGCGCGGAGCGUCGAGAAUUUGUCGCUCGGUGGGAUGAGGGUGAGUGGGGAGGGCAGAGUGUGGAUGUGGACGAAACCGUGGUACGAAGGGAACAUCGCAGAAAGCGAGGGGUUCGCUGUGGAUAUCACGUUAGC